ACUUGUAAAACGUGGGAGAGAAAAAUUGAGAGAGAUGAACAACCUCUCCAGUUCUGCCUUAGCAAAAGACCACCGCCACUGCUGCAGCUGCAAACCCAUCCCAACUCUAGCAAUCUACAUUUUGGUCCCACUAUUCUUCAUAGGCUUCGGAGUCUCUCUUCUCAUUCUUAUCGUGGUGCAUAACGCCAUCUUCUUCGUCGCUCUCCUGUUUCUCUCAGCUCUGCUGGCUGUAUUUCUGCUCUGGAACUCACUCAACUGGAGACGAAAUGCUACCCUUCUUCUCCACCUCCACUCUUUCCCGGAUUCUGAUCUCCGCCUCGCUCCUCACGGCCAACUUGUCAAACUCACUGGGCUUGUCUCCUGUGGGAGUGUUUCCUUGGAGUCUUCAUAUGAGAAGGUCACCAGAUGUGUUUACACAUCUACUUUAUUGUAUGAAUCUGGAGGACUUGGUUUGAAGCCUGCAGAUGCUACUGGAUCAUGCUUCCUGUGGAGACUAGCUUAUUCUGAGAGGCUUACAACAGACUUUUACAUAACUGAUAGGAAGUCUGGCAUCAGAGCUUUGGUGAAGGCCGGCCCUGAUUGUAAAGUUAUUCCCUUGAUCGUCGAGAGCAGACUUGUGAAGACUACAGGAAAAUGCAGGGUUCUAUCUCCUCACUUAACAAAAUGGUUGAAGGACAGAAACCUUUCAGCCGAAGCUGAUUUACUUCGACUGGAAGAAGGAUACGUAAAAGAAGGUACCUCUCUGAGUGUUCUCGGAAUGUUGCAGAAAAAUAAUGAUAUUGUGAUGAUUGUUCAGCCACAACGAAUCAUUUCUGCAGGAUGUUUAUGGCGAAAGCUUCUUCUUCCAGUUGAUGUUGAUGGACUAAUUCUUUGGAUCCCCCGCAUGGCCGAUCCUUUGACCCACCUAAAUUCUAUGGAAUGUGUACAACAGUAAGAUCUGAAUUGUGAAAGAGCAAUCCCACCCGC